AUGUCAAUCAUUCAAGAUCAACAAUUAGAUGAAUGUCUUGUUGAAAUAUCAAAUGAUGAAAUUCCAUUGGUCAUUCAAUCAGAUGAAAAAGUUGACCAACUUUCUAAUAUAGAACCUGAAAAAAGAAACAAUAUAGAUUUAUAUUUAGUUUAUCUUUUAUUAUUUCUAUCAGAAUCUUCUAGAGGUAUAGUUUUACCUACCAUUUCAUUAUAUGUUAUUUCAGUUGGAGGUAAUACCUCAUUUUUAGGAAUAAUAAUUAGUGGAUUUAGUUUAGGAAGAUUUUUAUCAACUAUUAUACAGGUUAUUUAUCAACUUUUUCAUUUAAAAGAAUUUCUAUUGGGUGUUGGUGCUGGUACUCUUAGUGUUGUUAGAUCUUAUAUUGCAGAGAUUACAACUGUAAAAGAGAGAACAAAAUUUGUAGCUAUUACUGGAGCUGUACAAUAUCUUGGUUUUGCAAUCACUCCUUCCAUUGGAUCAACAUUGGCAUACAUUCCACCUUUUAAUAUUGGAGUAUUUCCAAUUAAUCCAAUAACAUCACCUGGUUGGUUAUUAUUUAUUGAGCUGUAUUGGGAAUCUUUGAAACAUUGGGUACACCCAUUUAUACUCUACUCAAUGAUGAUAUUGACAAUACAAGUGGAUACUUUUUUGGUGCGAUUGGAUGUAUUGGAGUGGUCGUAUUGUUUGGUAUUGGAUACCUCUCUAAAAGAGGAUUUAAUGACUUUUACAUUCUCAUUAUUGCUAACUGCUUCGAUUGGUAAAAACUCUCAAGUUAUCGAGUCCUUGGAACUCUUGGUUUGA